GCCGCCCUGGACCGGCAGCAUCACCCUCGACGAGCGCCCCGCGUCGGACCCCUCCGACGACCGCACCUGCACCACCUCGACCUCGGGGCGGCCGUCCUCCGCCUCCACCUCGGAGGGGCCCAGCGGCUCCGAGGACCGCAGCGCGGAGAAGGCCAGGACUCAGCGGCGCCGCGUGCUGCGGAAGCGCAUGAAGCACAUGAAGGCCACUCUGAGGGCCAACGAGGCGAAGCUUGCGGACCCCAGCGACGUGCCCCCGGGAGCGCCCGCCGCUUCCAGCAGCUCGAGCAGCGCGCCGGGUGGCAUCUCCACGAAGAUUUCUCUGUGA